CUUGUGCGCAAACCAAACGACGCAACACAUCUGCGAUUAAAACUUGAGCGGGCUUCAUUAUUCCCCGCCUUUGGAGCGCGCUGAAAGGCGACAUUGUUGCUUUAAGAUUGUUCUCGCAAUCGCUGAUGGCUCUGUCCAUUGUCGGGGUGAGUCGGAUUGAUACCGCGGGGGCCGACUGGGUGCAUAACAUCAGCGGUGCAGCUGCAGAGCAGCACACAAGCUGCACGUCCUUCAACGCAGACAUGGGUUGCUAUGAGUGCUGUAUGCGUUGCCUGGGCGGGAUCCCCUACUGCUCACUGGUCGCCACGCUGCUGUGCUUCUCCGGCAUCGCCCUCUUCUGUGGAUGCGGACACCAGGCGCUCACAGAGAGCGAAAGACUCAUCGAGAUUUACUUCACCCGUAACCUGCAGGAUUACGUCACCCUCGUUUACGUCAUUCAGUAUUUCCAGUAUUUCAUCUACGGCUUGGCCUCUUUUUUCUUCCUCUACUGCAUCAUGCUGUUGGCAGAGGGCUUCUACACCACCAGCGCUGCCAAGCAAACCUUUGGAGAGUUCCGGAGCACCAUGUGUGGCCGCUGCCUCAGCUCCACGUUUAUUGUGAUGACGUACGUGCUGGCUCUGCUGUGGCUGUUGGUGUUGGCUCUGUCGGCGCUGCCAGUCUACUUCUUCUACAACAUGGACGCCACCUGCCACACCAUCGACGUUCUGACUGAGACGCCGGCGAGCAUCAACCAGCUGUGUGUCGACGCACGGCAAUACGGGCUGCUGCCGUGGAACGCGGUGCCAGGAAAAGCUUGCGGGAUAACUUUGUCCUCCAUCUGCAAGACCAGAGAGUACCAAAUGACCUACGACCUCUACAUCGCUGCCUUCGUCGGCGCGGGCAUCACUCUCAUGGCUCUGCUGACCUAUACUGUGUCAACCACCUAUAACUUUGCCGUCCUGCGCCAUCUGGGGAGGAAGGGCAUAGGUGCACGGUGUUAGGCUGGCCUGCUUCCUGAGAUUUAAAGGGACGGCAGCCGGUUUUUUUUCUUCCUUUUCAUCACUUGUGCCUGACACGGACUUUCCUCUUCCUUUUUUCUUUUGUUGAAAAAUUGUAUUGUUUUACUUUUUUUUUUUUUUUUUUUUUUUUUAUAUAGGGGUGGUGACCAAUGUUCCCUCUAAGGUGCGCGCAUGUGCAAUUGCACACUGCUCAAGCGUCCUCUGCGCACGGCAAAUCUAUGCCACGCACAAAAUCAAACAAAAAAAUAAGCGCAUAACAAUUUUCGACACACGGACACGACAGAGAAAACAGUUUUCGUCAUCAUUGUUCAAAUAUUGUAACGUCUGUCGAGACGCUUUGAGGACAUGAAUUCCAUCCAUCACUUUACUGAGCAAAACUCUUUAUUGUCGGCCAUAAACACAUCACCAAAACAUUAGUAAAAGCAAAACUGGUCAUUUUCUGCAGUACAAACCAGACCCCCGGUACCUCUGGAUUGGCAGACCGGGGUGGUGGUUCCUCUCUUUAAGAAGGGGAACCGGAGGGUGUGCUCUAACUAUCGUGGGAUCACACUCCUCAGCCUUCCCGGUAAAGUCUAUUCAGGUGUACUGGAGAGGAGGCUACGCCGGAUAGUCGAACCUCGGAUUCAGGAGGAACAGUGUGGUUUUCGUCCUGGUCGUGGAACUGUGGACCAGCUCUAUACUCUCGGCAGGGUCCU